CCUGCCUAGAGGUGGGUAAGGGAGGUAGGGCGGCGUCUCCUUCACAGUGGGCUAGUGCGCCUGGACAAGCCCUGCUAUGUAAAGACCUAGGAAAGACAACCAACCAUGCUGCCUAGGUAUUUCGCAUUUCAUGACCUUAUCUCCUCCCUGCCCAGACGUGUGUAUGCCUACCUGCCUGCUCGUAGACAGCUACCGUGGGCGGGCACGUAGCAUCGAUGAUGAAUCGAAUACGUACAUGUCUAUGUGCGACCCUGUGGGACAUUGCAUUAUUCCCAUUGCUGGCACCUGUUUGUCUGGCUCCGCGCGCCUUGGUCCAUCUAUCUUCCCCCCUCCCUUCCUCUCCUCCCCCCAUGCCUGCCCGGAGGCGCGGAAUACGAUGGUCGACUCGCCAUGAGGAUGGGGACUUCUCGGACCACGGGGGGAUCCCCAUGAUGCCAUGCCAUACCGUCCCACGCCAUUGCCAUGCCGUGGCUCGCCCAAGCCUGGCCCUGUGCCGUAUCCCUCUCUCCCACGUAUGCAAGGUGGGCAUCGGAGUUGCGUUGGCCGUCGCGAAAGGGGAGAGGGGGGGGGGUUCAUUAUUAAUCAGAAUUGCUCAGCAACACAGGUCGGACAGAGCAGAGCAGAGCGACGGAGCGAGUGGUAACACCCUCCCCCCCCCCGCCGCCCGGACCUUUCCUGCCGCUGGUAUUAGUCACGCGGCGAAGCGGUGCAAAAGUCGACGAGAUUGUCUCGGGUCUUGGCGCGAAUCUCGCGGCGGCAGGCCCCAACACAGAUCCACGAUACGCAACCCUGCGACCGCGACUACGGUAAACACUUAGGGUCCGCCUCGAGAACGGCCAGCGUUGAUAUCCGCGUGCUGCUGCAUACGUAGGCAAGUAUAAACAAGUGGCUUUGCAUCUAGUGGCCCUUGACUACCUAGGUAGGUACCUAGGUA